AUAUUAUCAAAGGUCUUCGUCCAGAAAUUUUAACUAAUACGCCAUCACAAUUUGUUGAAUUAAUGGAAAAAUGUUGGAAUGCAGAUCCAUCAAAAAGACCAACUGCAGAUGCAUUAUUAAAUGAUAUUAGUUACAAA